GAGUUGCAGCACAUCCAGCGCCUAGAGAAACUAAGGGAGGAGCAGCAACAAGCACAAGAUAGAGUCACACAAAAGAUGCAGUUUGAACAAAGAUAUGAGCCUUGUGUUGUGUGUGGAGACAGAGCAUCUGGUCGCCACUACGGAGCCAUCAGCUGUGAAGGCUGUAAAGGUUUCUUCAAGCGCUCCAUCAGAAAGCAGCUGAACUAUGCCUGUAGGUUAGCCAAGAACUGUCAAGUAACCAAAGUGUAUCGCAAUAGGUGCCAGUAUUGUCGACUACAAAAAUGUGUGGCAGCAGGCAUGAGAUCUGAAUCUGUCCAGCAAGAAAGACGGACCAAUGACCAGAGAGACAAAAUACCAAACACAACUACUUCUACUCAGAAAAUUUAUAUCAGAAAAGACUUCAAUAGUAGUGUUUCGAAACCUGAUUCUGGGAUGUACAAGAGAAGUUCACACAUGUCACCAAGCUCAUCAGCCAACACAG